AACAGCUGAAACUGCAACCUGAUCCUGUGGGAGUUUUUUUUUUUCCUUUUAGCGCUGCUACCCCGCUGCCCUCAGUCAUGCUCGCUUGUGUUUGUUCAGACAGGGGGUGAGAGUCGAGGAGUGAGUACUGGAGAGGCUUUUCUGCUUCAGAAACGGCUUUACGGUGUAACCGAGAAAUGGGAGAGGGGAUAACGUCUGUGAAGUGACUGCAACAACCAAACUAGCAAAAAAAAAAAACUGCUCGUUCUUGGAUACUUGGAGAUAUCAUUCCGUCUGUUCAGAAUAUGGAAACCAUGGAUCCAAUAACAAAGUGGUCCCCUAUUCAGGUUGUGGAGUGGAUGAAAGGCCUGGACGACAGCCUUCAACAGUACGUCCACAACUUCGAGCGGGAGAAGAUCAGUGGGGAGCAGCUGCUGAAGAUCACUCACCAGGACCUGGAGGAGCUGGGCGUGACGAGAAUUGGGCACCAGGAGCUUGUCCUGGAGGCAGUGGAUCUGCUUUGUGCUCUGAACUACGGGCUCGAAACCAGCAACCUGAAGGACCUGGUGGCGAAGAUGAGGGCCUCGGCCAACAACCUCCAGAACUCCACCGCCAGUCGGAGGAGGAGCCCCGCGUACGACGGCACGGCCUCGCGCAAGCCCCCCAACGAGUUCCUCACCUCCGUCGUGGAGCUCAUAGGGACCGCCAAGGCUCUGCUGGCAUGGCUGGACAGGACACCCCUGACAGGGAUCAGUGACUUCUCCUCCACAAAGAACAAAAUCAUUCAACUGUGCCUCGAUCUAACAACCACAGUUCAAAAGGAUUGCACGGUUUAUGAAAUGGAAGAAACAAUCCUUGAAGUUUCCAAGGUCCUGAAUGGAAUUUGUGACCAGACCAUGAGGACUACCUCUGAUCCUUUCAUGAGCCAAUGUGCCUGUCUGGAGGAGGUACAGCUGACCAACAUCAGGCCUGGGGAAGGACUGGGCAUGUACAUUAAAUCAACCUACGAUGGGCUCCAUGUGAUUACGGGGACCACAGAAAACUCUCCAGCUGACAGGACACGCAAGAUACAUGCUGGGGAUGAAGUCAUUCAAGUCAAUCAGCAGACUGUGGUUGGCUGGCAGCUGAAGAACCUGGUGGGCAAGCUCCGCGAGGAUCCCGCGGGCGUCGUGCUCCUGCUGAAGAAGAGGCCCGCGAGCACCACGGGCUUCAUGCCCGCGCCUCUGAAGAACAUGCGGUGGAAGCCCCCUCUGGUACAGACGGGCUCUCCCCUGACCAAGGCCCUGUCUCCUGAAAGCGCUAUGGAUUCGCCUAUCAAGAAGGAGAAGCCCGCCAUUCUGGACCUGUACAUCCCACCCCCACCUGCCGUUCCUUACACUCCCCGUGAUGUGAAAGGCCACAAGUACGCAGGCGUCACGGCACGACCGAAGGGCUCGGAGUCGCCCAACUCCUUCCUGGACCUGGAAAGCCGGCGUCGCUUCACCAUCGCCGAUUACGAGCAGCUGGGCGUCUGUCCGGCCGGGGCGCCCGCGCUCCCCGCGAGGAUGCGCGAGAGGACCUCCUCGCACGGGAAACCUCGACCGCUGUCCAUGCCGGUGGAUGGGAGCUGCCUGGGGCCGAUGGAUAAUUGCUCGAAGCCUUGGACAGCAGGGAGAAAAGGAGAAGAUGCCUUGUACAGAUAUAUGAGCAACGAGCGGAUCCCACCCAUCAUAGAAGAAAGCCCCUCUGUUCACCAGCUCUACAGACCGGCCACUGACAGGCAUUUAAUUCGGGCAGCAGAUCACUUCAGGGGCAGCAGAUACUUUACGAACGCAGACCUUCACAAUAGCGCCACCAUUCCUUACCAGGAAGACUCGCCUAAAAAGAGCCCAGGCUCUUCCUCCUCCUCCUCCUCCAGGACAGCCUCAGCGGAACCCUCUCUACUGGUCAGUUGGAUCACAAGACUUAAGCUAUUGACUCACUGAGUGUUUUGCCUGUCGGAGUCCCCUGUCAGUCUGGGUGCCUUUGUUGUGCUGUCCAUACGUCCGUUCCUCACGUUCAGUAUUAUGACCCAGUGCUGGACUGGUCUUGUAGAACUCCUGCGCAUUUCUGUUUCCCCCCCCCCAACAAGCAUUUCAGUGUUCCUCACCCUCUUUCAGAAGAGCUGAUGCAAUAGGAAGCGUAUUGUGAAUUCUCGGGGUUUUGCCAGUAUGGCUUCAAAAAGUGUUAGGAGGCAGCUGAGAGGGUCUGCCUGUGCGUUUUUGUUAUUUGUGCUCACUGAAAAGAAAAUAAUUCAGGUCUAGGAAAGAACAGCUUUGCUUUUGUAAACUUAUCUCCCAUCUGUAUAAUUAAGUUAUUUAUAAUGAUGAUUUUGUUAAUCUUUCCUGUACAGCUAUUUUGAUUUUCACUUGCCAAAGCGUUUUGAUCUUUUUUUGGAUUUCUGUACAUCACUCGGUAGUUGUACCAUAUUAAGCUAACUCUCAGAAAGGUUACUGUACAAAAAAAAAAACUGUGCUUUCAUAUUCUUCCCUUUUUAUAUUUAAGUAUAGUUGUGUGUUUCUUUUCAAGGUGUUUUCUGUUCCAUUUGUUGAAAGUUACAAACUGCCAAUGGUUGCCUCUCAUAAAGGAAACGCGUUAAGGAAAAGGGUGUGCAGUUACUGUCAGUCCUUCCUCAACACACCAUCCAGCCCUGUAGUUGUGUUUAAGUCUUUAGGGGACUAGUUCUUUUUCUUUCUACUUUGAUGUGCUGAGGUCAGACGAAGACUGAAAAGAGUUCGCCUCUGUCUUUAGUUUCCUCUGCGUUUCAGAUAUUAUGUCUCUUGUGCGUUUCCUGUCACAGUGCGAGAAAUGCUCUCUACUCUCAGUGGCCUUGGUCCCAUGGCUGAAAGUGCAGGCAGGCAGAGAUAUUUGGGUUAUUUCUGAUAGGACACCUGUAUAUCACUGACAUGCCUGGUAAACCUCAGGAGAUUAACCUCCCUAGCAAUAUGCCUUGCCUUCUAAUACUUCCAGAGAUCUUGCGUACAGAGUACAGGUAGUUGAUGUAAAGUAUUACAAGAAUUCAUCAACAGUGUUAAAAGUUCCACAUUAAGGACCUGUAAAAUGAUCCAUUGUAUCUAAACUGUCUUUGUAACAUCAUUGAAAAUAGUUUAUUAAAGGUGCAGCUGAUCACAGUGUU